AUGUCUCUCGAGCUCAAGUCGGGUGACGUCCACGGCCAGAACCUCAAGACGCGCAGGAAAAACACCACAAAGGCUUGUGAUGAGUGUCGGCGGCGGCGAGCAAAGUGCGACGGUAAACAACCAACUUGCACUAGAUGCAAUGAUCGUGGUCUGUUGUGUCACUUCUCGGCUCACGAGGAUGGUCGCCGGCCUGCACCCAAGUCGUACGUGGACAUGUUGAGGAAGCGGAUAUCUGUCCUUGAGAAAGUCCUCGAAGCACACUCCAUCGACGUAGAGUCCUCAGUUGCACAGAUUCUUGCCCAGGAGAGAGCAAAGAGUGGCCCUUCAGAUGCUCCUGGAAAUGCGGCCGUGGAGGAAUCUUUGGCAGGUUUUGAUGGGGUUUUGUCUCUCGACGAGAACGCCGCCUUGGAGCGUGACGAGAAUGCCUUUUUUGGAUCAUCCAGCGGCCCGCUAGAGUCACACAUACUGACCCCUGAUGGCGAGCCGGACGACCCGUUCAACAAUAGUGUUCCUUCGCCUACGAAGCCAGGCUUCAGCCAGUUCCGAUUACGAGUGGAUCAACUUCUCAUACAGGACGUGGCCUUCAGCUGCGAGGUCAGCAAGGAGCUUGAAACGCACCUUAUUGAGCUGUACUUCCUUUGGGAACAACCAUGGUGUCAGGUUGUCAACGAGAGGCUCUUUCGGCAAAGCCUGGGCAACAAGGGCAGAUAUGCCAGCCCUCUCCUUCUGAGCUGCGUGUUGGCCGUAGGCUCCCGCUUCACGGACAGGUUAGAGGUUCGAUCAGAUCCAGAUGAUCCCAACACGGCUGGGCAGAUGUUCAUCGAGAAAGCAGAGAAGUUGCUCUACUAUGAACUCAAAUGGCCAAGCAUGACGACUAUCCAGUCUGCUUCCAUCAUGGGGACGCUGUAUUUGUCUAUUGGUGCGGACGCUGCUGGCUGGUUGCACCAUGGCAUUGCCAGUCGUCUAGCCGUCGACAUGGGUCUCAAUAUGGAUGCCACUUGCCUCGUCGGUAACAACCUCAUGUCACGAGAGGAGGUUGAGUUGAGAAACCAAAUCUACUGGUCGUUGUAUUGUGUGGACAAGAUGCUUGCUAGCUAUAUUGGUCGAGUCUGCACUAUGCUGGACUCUCAAGGUCAAGUCCCUAUGCCGAAACGGCCAGACGCUUCCAGGGUCGCGCUCAAGCGCGAUGGGCGGAUGCUUCAAGGUACACAAUUCGACCGUGAUCAGAUGCGAACGAGUCUUCACAUCGCCAUGAUGUCCCUCUGUUGCAUUUUGGAGAAGAUCCUUGUCGCAUUAUAUGCUCCCAGCAAUGCUACGAGACAGGUGCAAAGAGGUUCCUUCGUCCACAGUUGCCUGCUCGAACUGAAAGGGUGGUUCUACGACCUGCCUCAGGAGCUCAAACUCGAUCGCAAGGGAAAUACGAAUCGUCUCCCUCAAGCCUAUAUCCUCCACAUGUCCUAUCAGACACAACACAUUCUCAUUAUGAAGCCAUUCCUCGUCAAGCCCGUCACAAUACACGCCGAGCCCCAUGCACGGCCUGGGCAGAACCCAGAAAUUGUCACACAACAGGCGCUCUCCGUAUGCUACAAGGCGGCUACGUCGAUCCUCGAUAUCAUCAAAAAGUACCAGCAAGCCUUUGGCAGCUUCCGCAAUGCCCCUCUGAGUGCAGCUCAUUGUACUUUGUCGGCUGCAUUGAUAUUCAUCCAGACCCGCUCUCUUGGUCUCGAUGGCCGGGGGGGCAGCACGGACUGCCACAAUAUUGAGCUGUGCCUCAGGGUCCUAGACGAGCUUUCGAUUGCCUGGUCGCCAGCACGAAGCAUGCGGAAGAAACUGAUGAAGCUCUAUGAGCAGGAGUUCACCUUUACGCCGGCUAGACCGUUGGAUCCCGUGUUCAACCCGGCCAUCCAUCAUCCGCCAAUGGUUGCUCCCUUGCAGCAGCCUGGGAAAGGCCCGCACUUCCAACGGAUGCAGCCCGUGCCGAAUCCUCAGCUUCAACCGAACCCACAAAUGCGCAUGAUGACGGAUGACGACAUCUGGAAUGCCGAGUGGCCCGACACCAUCAUGGAAGCCCCGUUGUUCCCAGAUGUCGGUCUCGACUUUGUGUCGCAGUCUUUGCCAGGCGAUUACACCAACUUCGACAACUUGAGUCGGACUUUUCACUCCUGA